AUGAAGAUUAAUGCCGACAGAGUCUGGCGCAGAAUGAUUCUGUCCAAAUUUUCUGAAAACAUUUGCGCAACCGUCUACAGAAGAAAGUACAUGGUGAUCACUUCGAUGUUACGGAUAUUCUCGAUGAUCAACGAUGGACUCUUUCCAACCACUUUCCGAUCAAGCAACUACCAGGACACCAGUGUUGACUAUCCGGAAUGGGAGGCAAAAAGAGGAAGUGUUGAGCAGUCUCCAUCGCCUGCUAGUGGCAAUCAUCAUCUGCAAAUCGCUGAUAUGCAGUAG